AUGAAACGGUUGAAACGGUUCCUCGAGGACGUGAUGGGAUGGGGCGCUGCAAUCGUUAUCGGCGUCACCGCCGCGGCCGCCGAGGCCGUCGAAGAUUUGGCAGCAACCAAUAGAGUGUACGGCACGAUCUGGCGAAAAGACUUACGCAUCACGGGGGCACAGCUUCUCGGGUCUUGCUUCCAAGGGUAUGGGCUCUUUGGAUGCAGCAAUCGUAACUCCACGUCGGACCGAACGGGCGUGUCCAACCAGUUCCUUCCUUCUGCUUCCUACUGCCUCAACUGUUGCGGCAACCCCACGGCCACAGGGACCGACGAAACGUGGGACUUGGUGUGCCCCAUGACCGCACUCCAGCGAUCGAUUGUCAUCAACGACGUCGGCAAGCGGUUUGUAUUUGCAAGGCGCCAGACCGUCGCAGACGAGUUCCUGGUGUCCUGCGAGUGGCCCGUGCGAAAUCUGUCCCUUUUCCUUGCUGGCUACGUCGUCGACCUACGUGUGUCCAUGCACAGCGACAACCAAGGGUGGUCGUUCUGGGUCGGCGUCGAAAGCUGCACUGUCAGCGCCAUCGAGUCGAACGUGACACCCACAACGUUCCACGAGCGCAUUCGCAUGGUGUCCACAAGGCAGUCGUACUCCCCGUCGUCGUCGUGGUUCAUUUUGCUGGCUGGCACGUCGGUAGCUCUACUCGUCACGGCCUGGGUAGUCUAUCGCGGGUACGUCAAGGGCGAGCACUGCGUCAACUGCGCGUCCAAGUUUGUCUUGGUGAAUUCGCUCUGCGCGCUGUGCAUAGUAUGUGGAUGCCGCCUCCACGCUCCGCCGCCCAAGGUCUUUUGUGCAGAGACAUUUGAGGCCACCAAAGCCAUGAGCUAG